AUGGAAAGUUUGAAGGACUUGGAAGUGAAACACAAAGAACUAGAAAGACAAUUCACACAAAUGUUAAAAGAGCACGAAAGUUUGAAAGAAAGCUAUGAGUCAAGUAAGCAUUUUAAGCAUGAAUUGGAAACUGAAAAAGCUAAUCAUGAAAAGUCAAUUGAUAUUUUGAAGAUUCAACAAACCAAGCUACAGAAGUUGGGUGACCUGAACAAAGCUAUCAAAGAGGAAAUAUCCUCUGUCAAGCUGGACAAAUCUACACUUGCUUCCAAAUUU